GAAAACUGUUUUUAUUUUCACAAAGAAUUUUAGGUCGGUAUUGGUGUUUUUGACUGUGUGAGAAUGAGAAAUGCUAUUGCUAUUGCGUUUUCAAAGGUGACGGGACGUAUACUUGAAUGGCGAUCUGUGGCAAAAUUGUAUUUUUGUGAUUAAGUGGCAAAAUAAGAACAGCUGGUUUAAGAAAAUAUUAAAGAGGGAAGAGUUCUGCGGGGUUGUGUUACUAUAACAACUUUAAGGGUCGCGUAAUCCAGGAAUUAUAGCGAAAGCUUCAUUAACAAAGUCAAGAACAAUUGCAUUAUUCGUGUAAAAGUGCAGUGAUUGGAAAAACUCUAUUGUUGUAAAUCGAAUGCGGUUUACCGACGCUGUUGCCGGGUGCUUUUGAUAUGAUAUUAAUUGACUGUUUCGCCGAAAUGAUCAGUGUUUUCACUUAUCAUAACCUCAACGCUGAGGCUUGAAUACGUCAAAAGUAUUUUGCAUCGCCCAGAGCGAGGCCUUGCGUGAAACUCGAGUUUAUCUGUUAUAUAUGAUUCAACGCGAGUACCCAAUGAACAACGGGUUCAGCACAGGGGAAGAAGAUUCUAGAGGUAAUUCCGAUCAAAUAUGUUGCCUUGUGGAUGACAACGAGCGUUGCAGGCGACCUGCGGGCAACGCAUCCUACAGCAAACGCAUACAGAAAACUGUGGCGCAGCGGAGGCUCAAACUCAACAUAGACCCUCAGGCAAGGCACACAUACAUAUGUGAUUACCACAAAACAAUGAUACAAUGUGCGAGGACAAAGCAAAGGAGGCCCAAAGACUCUGAGGAUGACAGCAAUGAAGCUGAGAUGGACACGCCAGAUGUUGACUGGUUCCAGCUGCAGGUGAAUACCCUGAGGAGGUAUAAAAGACACUACAAAGUCCCCACUAGGCCUGGACUGAACAAAGCUCAAUUGGCUGAAGUGAUACAGAAGCAUUUCAAGUCAUUGCCCGUGAAUGAAAAAGAUGUAAUGGCAUAUUUUAUUUAUAUGGUCAAAACUAAUGGCAAUAAGUUGGACCAGAAAAAUGGCAUAAACUCGGACUCUGUGUAGUGUUAUGUGAAUUUAAUUUAUGAAAUGUAGUUUUAAAUAUUAGAUGUAAAAUUUAAUUAGAUGGUUUCUCUUCCUAAAUUUACAAUCAGCAUUCAUGAGAUUGUCCACUGUUUAAUUUUAAUCAGAUCUCUUAUGCUUCUUUCUGUUUUAAAAUUUGACAUGGGUAUAUAUAUUAUAUAUAGUAUGGACUAUAGAUAAUUAAAUUAAAAUACCUAAAACUAAGACUAAUUAUGUAUUUAAUUGCAUCUACCUAUAUAUGGAUAUAUAAUUAAACAUAUAUACUAUAUGUUUAUGUAUAUAAAGGUAAAACUUAAAUCAGCCAUAUGUCAAGUUGAAUUUAAGCAAAGUGGUAUAAAUGAAAUGGUAAUUAAGUUUUCAUUAUGUGUGAGAGUACUCAAGAGCAUUCAUAAUAUUUAAAAUAUAUUAUUAGUGUUGUAUUAUGGUUGCAGCAACCAUAUGCAAUCAUAGUUUUCAAAAACCAAUUAACUCUUUAUUUUAUUUCAAUAUGAUCUUAGUUAUAUGAUUCAGCAGUUUGGACUUAGUGCACAGCUCUACUUGAUAAUAAAUAAAACUGAAGACAGUUUCUUUGGUUGAAUUAGUCUAUUCCAAGAUAUAUUGGUAAAAAUUUAAAAAAAAAAACAGUUAAUUUCAAUUAAUUUAAAAAGGCUACAUACACAAAAUCCUAAAUAAUAAUAAUAUUAUUAGUGUCUUUUAGAAGGCUUUUCUAUUUAACUCCCUGACCCUAUAGCUGUUGCCCAGUUGCAAUAUAAUAUAACAUCUUUAAAAGGAAGAACAAUUUUGACAUUUCUACUAAAAUAUGGAUAAUUACUAAUAUAAUUUAUCAUUAGGAUUUUGUUCAUGCUUAGUUGUAAGUUUGUACUUGACUAUGAUCUCAUUUAGUUUAUAUUAAUUCAGUCUAAGAUGGUAACAUGCUUAUUUUGAAUAUUAUACCAUACUAGCGGACGCCCGCGACUUCGUCCGCGUAAAAAUCGAUGUCAACUUUCAACCCCUAUUUCACAUUCUAUUUGGAAAGUUUUAUAACUUAUACCUAAUAAAUAGUCCGCUUAUCAUUUUACAUUUACAAAUGUACCUAGAAAAAUUAAGGACUUUCCGUACAAACUUUCUACCUCUACCCUACUCCUACCCUACCCGUUCCCUAACUGUAUCCUACCCCUACCCUGCCCGUACCCUACCCUACCCGUAAUCUUCCCUUUCCCAACCCCUUGGAUAGUGCUAGGAUAGGGGUAGGCCCUACCCUUACCCCACCCCUCACCCUACCCUAACCCUAACCCUAACCCUACCCUGACCCUACCCUACCCCUACCCUACCCUUACCAUACCCCUAUCCUACCUCUACCCUACCCCUACCCUACCACUACCUAGCCCUAACCUAGGCAUACCCUCCCCUACCCUACCCCUACCCUACCCCUACCCUACCCCUACCCUACCCUUACACAACCCCUACCCUACCCGUACCCUACCCUACCCGUACCCUGCCCUACCCUACCCUAUACCUCCCCUACCUUACCCGUACCCUUAGCAAAAUCGGUCCAGCCCUAUGAGCGUGGUGCGAUGACAAAGGGAAAUAGCGACUUCUAUUCUAAAAUUAUAAUGAGGUAAAGUUUGUGUGGUUGUCGGAGGUAAUCUUUGGAUCUACUGGACUGAUUUGGAAAAUUGUUUUACCAAUAGAAAGCUACGUUAUUUGCGAGUGUGAUAGGCUAUGCUUGAUCCCCAUAUUCACACGGGAACGGGAACUACGUAAUUGAAAGCGCUGGGCGUCAUGUAGCGGAAUUUCUGCGUCUUUUAGAAAUUUUGUAUUAUCUCCGAAUCUAUUUAACUAAUUAACAUACUCCAUAAUAUCCUUGUGAUUAUUAAAUAAUUUAUUUUGAUAAGGAUUUAAGUUAAGUAGCAUAAAUAAUGACGCAAACCUAAUUAUAUAAAAUUUAUAAUUUUUAAAACACAAAAGGUACUAUAUCUGCUAAUAUAGAGAAGUUAGAUAUAUGGUGUCGCGGACUUUUUUGUAGAACUUUUAAAGGUACAUAAAGCCUCCAUACAUUGAUUUCAAUUUUACACAAUGGAUAAGGCAGCGCAUGCGCAUAAGUCUGUUUAUGAUGAAUUUCGGUCCGACCUGUAUGACAAAAACUGUGAUAACUCGGCUAAUAUAUAUGAUACCUAUAUAAAAUAUAGCCUAUAGCACUCUCCGAUAAUGUAGCAUUCUACUGGUGAAAGAAUUUUUGAAAUCGGACCAGUAGUUCCGAAGAUUACCCCAUUUAAAAAAUGUGACAAACUUACAAACUUACAAACUUUACCUCUUUAUAAUAUUAUACCAAAUAUACCAUAAUACCAUAUUACCCUUUUUAGUAUAUUUUAUGACAUGGCAAAUAUGGUUUGUAUUGUUCCUUGAGUGGAUAAAAAACAAUGGACAAUCUUGGUUUUUACAUUAUUGUAUUAUACUAUUAAAUAAAAAAUAAUAAUAUGUAUUUUAGAAAUUCAUUUACAACAGGACAUUCACUUAGGUGCACAUAAUCAUUGCUGUAUUGUAAUUAAUAUAGUAGUCAAAAAAGGCUAUUCUUUAUAUUUCAAGUAAAACAUAUUAAAAUGCAAGUCCGUAUUACAUUAUAUCAAUUUAGUUCUGUGUCUGUUCUAUUAAAUUUUUUUUUUAUUAUUCUUUGUGCAGCAACAGUUAACACAAAGACAAAAUUAUAAAUUAUUAUCAAAAACAGCAACCUGUUAAUUAAAUUUUCUCAUUAAUUAUCAUCAGAAUUUAUAAAACUGACCUGAUCAAUAUCACAUCAGGGGAUAAUUGUGAGGCACUUGCAAUCAUAGCUAUGCGUUAACAUUAAAUAUAAAACUAAAAACUAUUGACAUGCCUUGCAUUCACUUAUUCAAAUAUUUUAAACUAUAUUUGAUUUCUGUAAAUAUUUUACAAAAAAGCUUUCUUUGAAUGCCUUUUUAAAAUCUUGUUGUAAGUAUAUCAGAUAAUUAUUAUCAGUCAAUAAAAUAAUGUAUAAUUAAAAUAAUGUGUACCUCAUGUCACAUGAAAAGAACAUUGACUGUUUUAUUGUAUGUGAUACUUGGACAUGUUGUAUGUACCUACAUCAUUUUUACCUUACAAGUUUAGAUGUGUUGUAUUAGCAUGAUGUGGUAAAUGAAAUCAAAGAGCAUUUAUGUACCAAAUCAAGAUUCAUAGAAAUUUUGAAAAAAUAGCUCUUGUAGGCAUGUCUAUAUAUCUAUAUAAAUUAUAUAACAUGAAUAACUUUCUCAAAGAUGAAUUUUGGGUCAUACUAUAAUAUCUUAGUUCUAUAAAAUUAUUAAUAUUGCUGGCGACUACGUAAAAUAAAUGUAAGCACAAUACUAUAGGAUUUAAACUGAUUAGAUUUUAAAAUCUCUCCACUUUUGCUGUUCAUAACACAACAAUAUUGUAGCGCUUUUAUUAUGUGACAUCUACUAUAUGUAUGAGCAAUCUAUAUUACAUGAAUUAACAUAGAAAUAAUGAAAUUAUCUCAAUAUAAUAUCCACUAUUUAUUUCUCAUGUAAGUAGACGACAAUCUAUGUAUAUUGUAUAUACUUUGAACAUUUAUCAUUAUCAGAUGUUAUGAUUGUUUAUUGACAAAGGGAAAUGCAAUGCUAAUUAAUAUUUAAGAGAGAUUUAAUAGCAUUAAAUUAUAAAAUGUAUCUUUUAUUACAUUUUAUUUAACAAA